AUGUAUUCCGAUGGGGGUGGGGAAGGGUUGUCUAUAUGCGAGGACGCAGCGAGGAGGCGAGGGAGAAAACGUUCUCUGCGGGCUGGGGCUGUCUGUCCUCCCACUCUGAUAGGGGGAGGGGGCGGAGCGGCUCCAACAGCCCAUCCGAAUUGGGGUGGGGGUGGAGGACCCAGGGCUGCCAAUCCUGCCAUUGGCCAGGAGAGCAUGCUGGGUGGGGCCAUAGAGGGGGGCGUCAGGGGCAGAGCGUGCGAGGGUGGGGGUGGGGGUGGUGCCCCACGGCGGGAUGAGGGUGGGAGAUUAAGUGCAGGACGACGGUUUGGGAGAGGUGGUGGGAUAGCAAGACAUUUGCGUGGUGGGACAGGCGGAGCAGCAGAGCCAGGAGACGGGGGCGGGGGAGGAGGGGCAGGCAUUCUUGACCUCCCUUGA